AUGGCUGCCGCUCUGGACCCAGAUGAGGUGCUUCGUUCUUCGAAAGGGAGAGAUAAUUAUCAGCGUCUAGCUCGGCUUUUGAUAAGUGGCGGUACUGUACUGUUGAGGGAAGCUUUUGACAUCAAAUGUCCACCCAGUAAUCUUUCCACAACACUUCAGAAUCCAGCCACGAAGAAGCUGCUUAAGGCAGCAAAGCUCACCAAACCACAGUGGGACUGUCUGUACCCUUCCCCGGGGAUGUACGGAAAGUCAACAGACUUUGAUAUAACUCUCCUUUUCCGGUUGCUGAGGACAAUAUGCGGCCUUGUCCCUCCUGUCACGGGCUGGGAUGCGCUGCCGGCAAGUACAGAUGACAGUUUAGAAGCAGAUUUUGCUAGAAUCAAAUAUUACCGCAAUUCGAUAUAUGGUCAUGUGACCGAGAACAUGGAAAUCUCAGAUGACGAGUUUUUAGUUCUUUGGAGAGAACUCAGCGGGGCUCUUGUGAGAGUUUCGGGUCAAAUCAGCCCUGCAAAGGCAAAAGAAUGGAAGAAUGCUAUUGAUACAUUUUUAAAAGAUCCCCUUACAGAGGAAGACAAGAGACAUGAGCAGGAAUUGCAGCGCUGGUACCAGAAUGAUACAGAAGUAAAGGAAUAUCUGGAAAAGGUAGAAUCCUCAAUGAAGCAUUUGGAGAAAGAAGCUCAAUACGUAAGACAAGAGGUUCGAGAAGAAGCCCGAGAUAUUAAAGAUGAAGUGCAACGCUUAGGACAAGACAUCAAAGAUGAGCUCGGUGGGAAAGUAGAAUCUACAGCCCAAGAAGUGCAACGCUUAGGACAAGACAUCAAAGAUGAGCUCGGAGGGAAAGUAGAAUCUACAGCCCAAGAAGUGCAACGCUUAGGACAAGACAUCAAAGAUGAGCUUGGAUGGAAAGUGGAAUCUACAGCCAAAGAAGUGCAACGCUUCGGACAAGACAUCAAAGAUGAGCUCGGAGGGAAAGUAGAAUCUACAGCCCAAGAAGUGCAACGCUUGAGGCAAGAGUUUCGAAAUGAGGCCCAAGACAUCAAAGAUCGAUUGAAACUGGGUGGUCGACCCAAUUCCUCAGCUGGAGGUCAGCUUGUUGAUAUUUACUGUAUAUCUAUUACUAGUAAAGUAUUUUUCCUUUUACAUAAGCACUUACGUAACGCACAAGGGUCACCUGUAGGGUGCACAUUGUACAAUUUUUAUGACAGAAAUGGCUUCAUAUAUUUUUGA